AUGCGGUCACUCUUGAGCCUCGUGGUCUUUCUCUUCGCGGCGCUGGUUUCGGCCGUGAGCACAACUGGUAAUAGAUUACUGGUCAUUCUCGAUACGCCCAAGGACAAGGAGGCGUAUAGUACAUUUUUCCGCGAUCUGUCUGAACGGGGUUAUGAUAUCACGUAUGAGACACCAAAGAGCGAUGCUUUGACAUUGUUCAAGUACGGCGAGAGGACUUAUGAUCAUUUGGUCUUCCUCCCCACCAAGAUCAAGGGUCUGGGACCCAAUCUAACUCCCAAUGCCAUCGUCGACUUCAUCAAUGCCGGCGGCAACAUCCUCCUGACCAUGUCUGCUACCCACAAGGUCCCUGUUACUCUCGUCUCCGUCCUCGACCAACUCGACGUUACCAUUCCCGCUGAGCGCAACGGCAAGGUCGUCGACCACUUCACCUACGACGCUGUUUCCGCCGCCGAGACACACGACACCCUCGUCCUCGAUGCUCCCCGCAACGUCCGUCCCGGUCUGAAGGACUACUUUGAGAUUCCCGGCGCAUUCAUCUCUGUUCCCCACGCCAUUGGCCACACUCUUGGCUCAGGACCUCUUCUUACACCCGUUCUUCGAGCGCCCCCUACCGCUUAUAGCUACAACCCCAAGGAGCAGGGUGAUACUGUUGAGCCUGAUGAGCUGUUUGCUGCUGGAAAGCAACUUGCGCUUGUCUCUGUCUUCCAGGCUCGCAACUCUGCGCGCGUCACUGUCGUUGGUGCUGCUGAGAUGCUGCAGGACAAGGCCUUUGACACCAAGGUUACUCGACAGGGUGGAAAGGCUAUUUUCCCUGCCAACAAGGAGUUCAUCACCAACCUGGCUGGCUGGACUUUCCAGGAGCUUGGUGUUUUGCGAGUUAACAAGAUUGAGCAUCACCUCAAGGGCGACAAUGAGACCAACCCUGAGCUGUACCGCAUCAAGAACGAUGUUACCUACAGCAUCUCCGUCUCCGAGUACGCCUGGAACGACUGGCAACCCUUCCACCUCCCUGAGGGCGACCACCUCCAGCUCGAGUUCUCCAUGCUGUCCCCUUUCCACCGCAUCUCCCUGAAGCCCAUUCAUGUCGGCGAGGACGAGACUGUCUACGGCACCGACUUCGUUCUUCCAGACCAGCAUGGCAUCUUCAACUUCAUGGUCAACUACAAGCGACCUUUCCUGACCAACGUUGAGGAGAAGCGAACUGUCAGCGUUCGACACAUGGCUCACGACGAGUACCCCCGAAGUUACGUGAUCAACGGUGCUUGGCCCGGUCUGACUGGCAUCUCAGCUACUAUUGUUGGAUUCCUGUCAUUCUGCAUCGUGUGGAUGUACAGCCAGCCUGUCAAGUCAGUCGCUGGCGCUAAGAAGACGCAAUAG